AUGGUGAAGCAAAAAGAACUAAACAGUUAUAGUAGGAACGAAAUAAUGCAUGAGUUAUUGCUUGGUGUUAACAAAAAGGGGAAGCCAGCUCAUGGAUUAAUGGGGGAUAUCGCCAAAAAGUACGGUAUUCACUGGAAGACCGUAAGUAGAAUUUGGGCUACAGUUAAAAAUCAACAAAAGGAGGGGGCCACAUUAGAUGCAACUAGGAAAAAGUUUGGCAGAAUCACCAACACAAUAAUACCAUUUGAUGAAAGCAAAUUCCAAGCCUUAGAAAAGUCCAAAAAGACAAGUCCAAAGGCAGUUGCAAAUGUCAUGGGUGUUAGCCAAUCAACUGCGUGGAGAUGGAAGAAAAAGAAACACAUAUAUGCUUUCAAAUUCAGUGAUAUGUAUAACAUAAUUCACAUAGAUGAAAAAUUAUUCUAUCUCACUAGAACACAACAAACUUACUAUCUUACCCCAGGAGAAUCUGAGCCACAUAGGGAAAUACAGUCAAAAAGAUUCAUUCCCAAAACUAUGUUCAUGUGUGCGGUUGCUAAACCGAUGAACUAUAGUGGAGGUGAGCUAAUUUUUGAUGAAAAGAUAGGUAUCUUUCCUUUUACAACUCAAGUGCUAGCAAAAAGAAGAUCCAAAAAUAAGAAUAGAGGGAAACCAGAAACUAAGCCCAAUUCAAUCCAUAACAAAGACACACAUAAAGGGCAAUGCUAA